AUGGUUUCCGACUACCUGCGAUUGGUCCACAAGGAAGUCAUGGAAUCUUUGCAAAGGCGAUUUCCUAACACUCUGAACGACCUGAAAAUCAAGUUUGUCAUCACCACACCAGCAAUGUGGAGUCCUGCUGCUCAGCACAACACAAUGAUAGCGGCCAGAGCAGCUGGCUUUGGGAGCCGUCCACAGGACAUCAUUGAGUCCGUUACGGAGCCGGAGGCAGCAGCUUCGUACGUUCUUAGGGAAUUCAACUCGCUCUCAGUGCCGAAUUUUGGUGUCGAUGUCAACUCUGGAUGGCAGGUCGGGAAACAAGUCAUUGUGUGUGAUGCUGGAGGAGGCACAGUGGAUCUAGUUUCCUAUGAAAUUGACCAGGUCAAACCGUAUCUACGGGUCUCAGAGACUACACGUCCUCGAGGCGGUCUAUGUGGAGCAAACUCUCUUGACCAGCGUUUUCUUCAACUCGUGCGGCAGCGACUUGGUCAGCAAGCCCAUCUUUUAGAUGGAGCUCGUUCGGGAAGAGGCAGCCGACUGAUGCUUUCCUUCGACGAUGCGAAACGGAAUUUUGGUUCGAACGACCUGGAAGAUGAAGAAUUGAUCGAACAUGGUAUACAAGCUCUGUCUCAUGACUCCAACAACAGAAUCGAUCGGGAGUACAUCACUUUGUCGCAUGGGGAAAUGAAAUCUAUCUUUGAUCCUGUAGUGGAUACAAUCCUAGCUCUUAUAGAAGACGUCUUGCGGGGGGCCAGACAAAACAAGCCCGACAAGCCUCUAGUGGGUAUAAUUCUCGUCGGCGGGUUUGGAGAGUCAGUGUAUCUUUACAAGCGUCUCAACACUUGGGCCGAAGCCCAGGACCCGGAACUAUUUGUCGCUAGUCCAAAGAACUCGUAG